AUGGUGGGUGGUGGUUCGCGGCGGCGGAGCAGUGAGGGGGAAAAUGGUGGUGCAUUGCGCGAAAAAAGGGAGAGAAACAGGGAUAUUUGGGUGGUGGUUUGCGGCGGUUCUAGGAGGAGUAGAGGGGGUGGCUCGCUGGUGAAAUUGGGCGGCGGAGCGUGGCAGAGAAGGGGAGGGAGACAGGGGAUUGGGGCAGGGGACGCGAAAGGAGGAGAGAGCAGGGGAGGGAGUUGCGGUGGGGUGGUGGUGUUCGGUGGUUCUGGGUGGUCGGGAGAUGUGGGGUGGUGGAGUGGUGGUGAGAAUGGUGGUGCACGGUGGUUGAGGUGGUUGUUGUUGGUGGUUGGUUGGAUUGAAUCACAGAAAAACAAGGAUUGA